CUGGCACUACUGAACUGUUGGUCGGUAACUACAGAGAAUCAGCGGCUUUUCUCGGCCGAACGUGUACUGCAUUCCCUACCUGAAGGGUCAAACUGCCAUAACUAUGUGUUCACCGACAGGAUUUGAAUCCGUGGAGUCUUGAAUUCACAAAUCAGCAGAGAAUGACUCGGUUACGUACGCAUCCUUUCCAGAUUUAGCCGAACGGUGAGAACAUAUGCCAGUUUACAUACCGGUACUUAUCCAGUCAGACAAACCUGAAAUCCAUUGGACAGCUUUUUAUUAGCUCGCUCUGUCGGUCCACAACACCACAGGUUAGUUAUUAGGUGUCAAACAGAGAUUUGUUCAUUUGUUUAAUGAUUGAGCGUACUGUUUCUGUUUUCGGCCUGGGAAGCACACAGCUGAUGAAACAGAUAUUCACUACUGCUGCGUUUUGAAACCUGGUGAGGCAGCAUUGUUGGGCAUCACACACGUUCAAACGAUCGAAUCGUUAUCUGGGCAACUCACUAGGUUGUAAGACAGCAAUUAAGACUGAUACAAGUGUACAUCUCUUCCCUCACUUCCUCAAGUCGGGGUAUGCCACGUCUGCUCAACACACCUGCACACGUGUUAAAGCCCCUGAUGAUGGAUGACUUGAAAUAUGACAUAAUGCUGAACCGCACCUGCACAGAGAAGAGGCUGCCCGUGAAGGCUUGAGUUCAUCCACCUCACCUGUUCAUCCACUCCAGCAAUGGGAAGGAUUAGUAUUUCCUGCCUGUUUCCAGCUUCCUGGCACUUCACCCUGUCUCCGGUGGUGGUGCCCCGGUUCCUGUUGCCUUCCUUCAGGCAGUUGCUGCUUCUGGGUCUGCUGGCUAGUGUGAUGGGGCUGCUGUACCUGCUGCUGGUCACGGGGAAGGGCCAGUACAGCUGGUUAAGAGAAGACAGGCACUACCACACACGUUUGGGUCGCGUGCCGGACAUGGAGGCCACGGACACCAAUAACCCCAACCUGAACUAUGGGCUGGUGGUGGACUGUGGCAGCAGUGGCUCCCGUGUGUUCGUGUACACCUGGCCCCGGCAUAACGGCAACCUGCACGAACUGCUGGAUAUUAAACAGAUGAGAGACAAGCACAGGAAGCCUGUAGUGAUGAAGAUCAAGCCAGGUAUCUCUGAGUAUGCAUCCACACCAGACAAAGCCAGUGACUACAUCAGCCCUCUCCUGAGUUUUGCUGCUCAGCACAUCCCGAAAAACAAGCACCAGGAGACCCCUCUGUACAUCUUGUGCACUGCAGGGAUGAGAGUCCUGCCUGAAAGCCAGCAGGAGGCCCUGUUGGAGGAUUUGCGGACUGACAUUCCUGUGAAUUUUAACUUCCUGUUCUCCGACUCCCAUGUGGAGGUCAUCUCAGGCAAACAGGAAGGAGUAUAUGCAUGGAUAGGAAUAAACUUUGUUCUGGGGCGUUUCAAUCAUGUCGAGGAUGAAAAUGAGGCCGUAGUGGAAGUGCAGGUUCCCGGCAGUGACCAGCAGGUGACACUGGUGCGCAGACGUACGGCCGGUGUGUUGGACAUGGGUGGUGUCUCCACUCAGAUCGCAUACGAAGUGCCCAAAACUGUAAGCUUUGCUUCUCCACAGCAGGAGGAGAUAGCCAAGAAUUUACUGGCGGAGUUUAACCUGGGUUGUGACGCACACCGGACAGAACAUGUGUAUCGUGUUUACGUCUCAACGUUUUUGGGUUUCGGGGGAAAUGCAGCCCGUCAUAGAUAUGAGGAAAGCCUCAUCAGCAACACGCAAAUCCAAAACAAGCUGCUGGGUCAACAUCAAGGAGAGAGCGCAGACUCUCCCGUCCUGGACCCCUGCCUGCCACUUACCCUCCAGGACGAGGUGGGACCUCCGGACCAGAAGGUGCACCUGCGAGGCACUGGAGACUUCGAACGCUGCCGCUUGCUGCUCCAGCCGUUUCUCAACCGCACCAAUGACACAAACACAUCGCUUAAUGGAGUCUACCAACCACCUAUUGACUUUCCCAACAGCCAGUUCUAUGGCUUCUCUGAGUUUUACUACUGUACUGAAGAUGUGCUGCGCAUGGGAGGAGACUACAACUCCUCCAAAUAUGCCAAAGCUGCUCAGAAUUACUGUGCCACCCAGUGGAAAACUCUGAAAGAGCGUUUUGAUCGUGGUCUGUACGCCUCACAUGCUGAUGUACACAGACUGAAGUAUCAGUGCUUCAAGUCUGCGUGGAUGUACGAGGUGCUCCACUCAGGUUUUGCAUUCCCACCGGCGUAUGAGAAUCUCAGGACGGCCCUGCUGGUCUACGAUAAAGAAGUGCAGUGGACACUUGGAGCCAUUUUGUACCGCACACGUUUUCUACCUCUAAGGGACAUCCAGCAGGAGAUUCUGAAGGGCACUCACUCUCACUGGCAUCACAGCUUCUCUUUCAUGAAUAACCACUAUCUCUUCCUGGCCUGUUUUCUGGUGGUGGUUUUGUCUAUCCUAUUGUACCUGCUCCGUCUGAGGCGCAUACACAACCGCUCGACACUUCACCGUGGUGCCUCUGCUUCUGUCCAAUGGCUGGAGGAGGGCCUGGGUUCGUCAGACCUCCCAAUUACCCUAUAGGGCCUGGACCCUGUCAGUCACAACAACUGACCAAUUGCCAGAAGAGAGCAUUCACUCAUGUCAUUUGAAACUCUCGACAUACCUCUCUAAUGAAGGCGCUUUGGUUUUUGUAACUUUUUGUCACCAAACAUGGUUCUGCACCCCAGCUAGUCCCUCUCCUACAGUCUUCAUUUCAGCCCCUCACUGGCCAAAUAUGUCUAUGUGAAGACUAUACUUAUUGCAGAUUCACUAAAUUAACUGCAAGGGAUUUUUAUGUUUAAAUUAUAUUUUCAGGCAAGGCCAGUGAACUUUUACCAUAAUGUUCAUGCAUUAAGAUUGCAGCUCCACUCGUGGCCCGGAAAAGACCGUAUGCAAUGAUUAGGUUGCCUUUGCUCAGCUUUGAUAUUAAUAUUUGUUUAUUUAUUACUUGUAUGGAGAAUUCUGGGGCUUUUUGUUUUUUUUUUUCUUAAUUUUCAGUGUUACUAUCAAUGUAAAAAAGGUCGAUAACAUAGAGUAGGGUUUAUAUAUGUGUUCUCUUGAUUUACUGUAUACAACCCAAAGUUUAGACUCAUAUUUGCCUCAAACUCAAGAUUCCGCACGUAAUUAAAAAUGAUUAGAAGAUGUGGUGGUGUCAAAGAGAAAUGGAGCGAGUUAGAUUGAUUUUAAUUGAAUAUUCAAUGCUUUUAGCACCAAACAUACCACAGUGGGAAGAGUUUUUGUUUUUCUGUAUACAUUAAGAGCUUUUGCUCUUGGAUUUUAGACACUCAUAAUAGAAUGCAAAACUGUUUUGAAUAUCCUUUAAAACUAAAAUACCAGGCACAUUUUGAAAGUUUUGGUACAUUUUUAAUACAGUUUGAAAGAAAUUUUUCCAUCUGAAGAUUUUACCAUAAAUUGUAAAGAACAUCAUAAAAUAUCCAUCUAUCUUGUUUCACAAAGCACUGUGUGCAUAUUUGAAGGAAUAUAAAGGGUGAAAGAGAAAAAGUAAAUGUAAACUUUCUUCAUGUUAUAGGGAUAGUUCACCCAAAAUUGAAAAUUCUCCAAUCAUUUACUCACCCUCAUGCCAUCCCAGAUGUGUAUGACUUUCUUUCUUCAGCAGAACACAAAUUAUGAUUUUUAGAAGAAUAUUUCAGCU